AUGAUCUCAAUCUCAUACCGUGAUGCACUAGCCCUUCAACAAGCCCUGGUACGGAAUAAGAUUGACUCGAAAUCACAAGUUCCCUCUCCGGAUCUCUUGGUCUUGCUUCAACAUCAACCAGUCUACACAGCUGGUCGGCGUGCAACCGACAACGCUUGGUUGGAACAGGAAACCUCGAGAUUGUCGCGCGCGAAUCCGGGUGCCGAAUUUGUGUCUACUCUAAGGGGUGGUGAAACUACCUUCCAUGGACCUGGACAGCUGGUUGGAUAUCCUAUUCUCGAUAUUGGGAUGAUGGGCAUCUCCACUCGCCGCUAUGUAGACCAACUGCUAAAAGUCAUCAGUGAGAUCCUCACUCACCCAGCACUUCCAAUGCCGAUCAGAACUCUUAAUCCUUGUGACGAUCCCAAUCUACCAGUUGGCACCUUUGUUGGUGACGUUGGGAAGAAAAUUGCUAGCAUUGGAAUUCAAGUCCGACGCCGAGUUACUAGUCACGGCUUUGCCCUCAACGUGGAGCGUAAAUGUGAAGCCGGCUUUCAACACAUUGUACCUUGCGGAUUGUCCAACACUCGUCUCAUCAGUAUAGAGUCCGCCCUGGCCGACUUGGCUGGGGAGAAGACAGCUCCAGCGCCCACGCGAGCGGUGCGCGUUCUUGACAUGGUCCCAGCAACGGUUGAGACGUUCGGAAAACGGUUUGGACGGAAGAUGUGUGAGAUCGGAGAUACUACGGAACAAGGGCUAGAUCCAACGACUCUCCGUCUUCUCAGAGACUUCAAACCCGCUUCUCAAACCGGAUAG